UCACAUUUCACCGUUGAACCAACCCGCCUUAUAAAACCAGAUUGUUAUCAAAAUAGGGGAGGAGAUAAGUAUAUAUUCUUAUUAAGAUGAAAAUGUAAAAUGACUAAGUUAGUUCUUUCUCCUGUGUUGUGGCACUUGUGGGAACGACGGUGAAAAUAAAGUCGCAACUGUCUGAACCGCUGGAUAGGCGGAAACAAGAAUGGAAGCAUCCGCAUAUCAAGACGGACAAGUCCCAGCGGUUGCAGUAGUGCCCGAUCUAGAAGAAACCAUCAAAAUUGACAUAAAAAAAAACAAGCUGCUUGGCAAAGGAAAAUACGGGUCGGUUUUCGAGUGCACUUUUAAAGGAACGACUGUGGCCGUCAAGAGAUUGCAACUACUCGAUUGUGAUGAUGCUGCCAGAACAGAGAGAAUGCGGGAAGGGAACGCCAUGACAAAGUUAAUACAGCCCAACGUUCUGAGACUCAUUGCAGAGCAAGAAGACGACAAUUUCAAAUACCUUAUUUUGGAGCUUUGCGUUGCGACGGUCGACGAUUACAUUCGAGGAGAUUAUUCAGGCCAGAUGCCUCCCGAGGUCGAUGGGUUAUUUCAAAUGACCAGUGGAUUGGCUUACAUUCACUCCAAACGCUUCGUUCAUCGGGACAUCAAGCCGGCCAACGUGUUGAUUUCUCCGAGAUUUGUCCUCAAAAUCUCCGAUUUCGGGUUCUGCAAGACCGUGACGAAUUCCGGAAGUUUUUCGACCAGCAGCGGCCUAAAAGGCACUCCAGCCUACAUGGCCCCGGAAUACCUGGAAAUGAAAGGCAAAAGCGAAGAUGAAAUUAAAGCAAUCAGAGCUCGUUUGUCGCUCGACAUUUUUUCGUUGGGCUGCGUUUUCUUCAGUUACAUAAAAAAAGACAUACGUUGUCAUUUGUUUCAAAACCCGAAAACCAAAGAUUUUUUCUCGAUCAUUUCCAACAUCGUUAAAGGCAAAAAGUUUUUAGAAGGGGAAAUUUCUGGAGAUCACUACGCAUACAAACUUAUUGACGGGAUGACCCACAACAACCCCGAAAUGCGUAUGGGCUUGAAUAAAGUUAUCAGUGCACUGCAGCAACUGCUGCCCUCACAAGAACAAGAAUAAAAUCAUAUAAGCUGCUUCUGUAAUCAAAUCUAACGUUUUAAAAAAUCUGUUUUAGUUAAUCUACAAGCAGUUCUAUUAUUAACCAUAUACAUACUA